GCGCCAUCGACGCGAGCGCCGAGCGGGGCAGCCCCUCAGCCGUGCGGCCCGUCCCCACGCGUAACGCGGACCGCUCGACGCCGGCGCCGCGCCGCAGAACGCGCCGCCGCGCGCCAGCCAGACCAGAGACAGGCAGCAGCCAUGGACAUGGAGGAGGAGCGCAACCCCUUCACGCUGCCCUCCGAUGAGGAGGUCUUCAAGAUGCGCGACGAGGAGAAGCGGCGGAAGAAGGAGUACCGGGAGACGCAGUCGAAGCUGAAAGUCUGGGAAAAAACGACGCGCGGGAAGUUGCCGACCGGCGCUGAAAGGCUGCGGCAGCUCAUCGGGGAGGAGGCCGCGGCGAAGCCCAAGACGCGGAAGGCCAAGGUCAAGGGCGAAGGUCAACUCGCGAAACAACCGGACGCGCUGGAACGGCGCGGGGAGCGCGAGUGCAUGGCCGAGUUUCUCGCGAAGAAGAAAGAAAUGUUUUAUACACAACUCUCACUAGAUGUGAAGCGCGAGGAGAUCCAGAAGCUCCAGGACAAGGCGACGCAGAAGGAGGAAGCACUUAGGCGUAGUGAGCAGAAGCUCGAGGAGGAUGCCAUAAGGUUCGACACGUUCCUCAAGGAAAACGACAAGCGCGCCCACGACGCCGUCAAGGAGGCCGAGGCGGCGACCAAGAAGAAGAAUGAUAAAGUGCAGGAGAUUAAACGACUGAACCAGCAACUACAAGCCGUUUCCAGCGAGAUGUCCAAACAAAGAGAAGCUUUAGAUGACUGUCUUAAAUACAGAGAGUUCCUCGACGGAUUGACGCCGGAGGUCCACUUCGAGGAGAACAAGAAGCUGAAACGAGAAAGGCAGGAAGCGCGGCGGCAACGUAGAAUCGCGAAGCGCGUCGAGGCCGAGGAGGCGCGGCGGCGAGACGACUACGAGCAUGAAUUAGCGGCGGCCCAAGCGGCGGCAUCGUCACCUAAAAGGAAAGGCAAGAAGAAUAAGGUGGCUCCGGAAUCUCCCAAAGUGAAGCCUCCUGAGGAUGUCGAUCCAUCAAUGUUCGACGACGAGCCCCUUACCAGCAGUGACGAGGAGUGCCCCAUGUACUUCAAACAACCAAGGCAACUACUGGACAUCUUCGAGGAGCUCGAGGAGCAGAAUUUGUUUCUCAUCCAGAACUGCCAGGAAACCGAACGCCAGGCCGAGGAGCUCAAGCAACAAUUCGCGGAUACUCAGACGGAGACCGAUGCGAAGGCUGCCUCACAACGGAAGCAAAUUCGCGAGCUCAACAAGGCCAUCGACGAGGAGGAGGCGAAGACGGAGAAACUCGAGUUGAGGAUGGCGUCGGCCGGGACGGAUUCACAACAAGCGGAGCUGCUGCGGAAAUUGAAUGAUACGACUGCAAGAGUCUAUGAGCAGUGCGGCUUCGGCGACGGCGGCGGUCAGACUCUGACCAUGCUCGCUGAUUUGGAAGCGAGACUGGAGCAAUUAUUGGAUCAUGUGGAAACGUUACCUCCAGAUUAUGUCGCGAAGGCAGAAAAGUACAAGGAAAAGAAGCGGCGCGAGCGGAAUCGCAUCGAGGCCCAGAAGGUCGCCGACGCGGAGCGCGAAGAGAAGAAUCGGAAGUCGGUGGAGAGGAGUAUGCAGCCCCCGAAGAAGCGGACGGGCCGCAUGGUCAUGCACCGCUCUAGGCCUCCUAGAAAAAAGGUCGACGUCGAGGUCGACGAGGUCAACGACGACGACAAGUACCUGACGUGAGUAACUUGGCCUUAGUCUU